AUGACGAUGCUUUGGAGCUCUUCAGCACGAUGGCGGAAAAAAACCCUCCCCACGCCGACGCUGAUGCAGCUGCAGGUGACCAACAAGGAGGUGCAGACGGCGGCCUUGAAGGCUCUGACCAAAGUCAAGAACCAGGACCCCCGCGUGGCGCUCAUCUCCCUUGCGCUCCGCGGAGGGGCCAAGAGCUUCGACAAGGUCAUCAAGAUGAUCGACGAGAUGGUGGCGCUGCUUGGCGCUGAACAGACGGAUGAUGAUGACAAGAAGGCCUAUUGCGAGAAGUCGCUCGACGAGUCCGAGGACGACAAGAAGGUCCUGGAGAACACGAUCGGCGACCUGGAGAAGAGCAUCGCCACCACCAAGGAGAGCAUCUCGACGUUGGCCGAAGAGAUCGCCGCGCUGCUGAAGGGCAUUUCUGAUCUCGACAGCCAGGUCAAGGAGGCCACGACGACUCGCGAGGAGGAGAACGCCUUCUACAAGAAGACAAUGCAGGAGGACACAGCCGCGAAGGACAUCCUGAAGAUGGCGAAGAACCGCCUCGCGCAGGCGGAUGCGCCCAAGAUGUACGUGCCGCCCGCGAAGGUGGAGCGCAGCGCCAUGGGCCGCAUCUCCGAGGAGAUGAGCCUCGAGCAGCGCACCGACCCCGGCCCGCCGCCGUCGACCUGGAGCGCCUACGCGACCAAGAGCGAGGAGCACGGCGGCGUGGUGGCGAUGCUGGACCUCCUCAUCGCCGACCUCGACAAGGAGAUGGCCGCCAUGACCACGCAGGAGAAGGACGACCAGGCCGAGUAUGAGGCCUUCAUGGCCGAAGCGGGCGACAAGCGCGCCGCCGACUCCAAGUCCACGGAGCAGAAGGAGGGCGAGAAGGCGGAUCUUGAAGCCGCUCUGGUGAAGUUGCAGCAGGAUCACAAGGACACGUCCAAGGAGCUGUACCUGAAGGAGAUGGAGAUUAAGGACCUGCACCUGGAGUGCGACUGGCUCAUCGCCAACUUCGAGAUGCGAAAGUCGGCGCGGGCGGGCGAGGUGGACUCCCUCAAGAAGGCGAAGGCGGUCCUCUCGGGGGCCGACUACUCGCUCGUGCAGACCGCGGCCGCGCGCAGCCUGCUGCGGGGCUCCGCGCAGUGA